AUGACGUGGACACCCGAGGUGCCUAUUCAAUAUAGCAAACCCCGUAUCGAUGGGUUCUUGGCUCUACAGCCCUCCCACACGCAGAGCCAUGACUAUGCUCAUGAUAACCUCCUCAUCGGAACCUCUGGUAUGGUCAGCAAGUCUGACCAUAACCUCAAGCUCACAGACGACUUGAGGAUCGUGAACCCACGUAUCAAGCAUUCGCUCUCUGUAGUUGAACCCUCUGGCCUGGUCACUGCUGAGGGCAACCCCAUCCAGUUCACUAAACCUAGCGUCACCAUCCAGUUUGACGGGCCAUCUGGCUACCUCAGGAGCAACGGCACCCUCUUCCACAAACCCUGA